AUGCCUGGGGAUGACAUGCAUCCCCAAGUCAUGCAGGCUCUCAUGCACUUCGUGCAAGUGACAAGCCAAAAAGAGGGACGAAGUGAGGAGGAUGUGUUGGCGGAAUUCUCGACGCCACAGGGCAUGAAAGCGUUCACAAGUCUCAUGAGCCUGGCUGCCGGAGGAGCUGCGGGGAACCUCCGCAAGGCGAGGAUGCUUGCAGAAUCGACGGGAAGAGUUGAAAUCUAUGUGGACUGCCUGAGCAAGCACUGCCCCUGGCUCAUGACCGAUAGUGAAGAUGGGGUUGAUGACCAUAGACACGGGCACCUGCUAAGAGACUGCUCUGGCAACAUACAGCGAGUCUACUUUGCUCUGGAUCUGGCCAGCGCAACGGGCUUCUAUACCAGUCGCUUUACAAUGUGUAUGCCUGACGUGAAGUGGUAUGCAACUGAGAGAAUGCUGGAUCCGGCAGACUAUCUUGGGGCCAUGAUGCUGGAAGACUGCGUCGAAUACAUGACCACGGCUCCGGAUAGCCCAGCAAACCAUCGAAGCCAAAAAUCCCUGCUAGAUGACGAGCCUGUGGAUUCCGACGAAGACAUGGAGGACUUCCUAGCAUCGCUGGGCACAGAGCCGAGCCGUCAAGCCUCGGUGCUACUCCGCGGCCGUGUGGCUUGCGUGGAUGUCACCGAGGACAGCUGGGAAGGCGUGCAACAUCUCCUCGGCAGAUCUUCAGCUUUGGUGUGUACCUCGCUGCUCACGCAGGUUGGAUACAAGGAACCUUUCAUCUGGACCGACGUGCUACAAGGUGCCACCCCGCUCCUUGAAGAGGGUGGCAUUCUGUUGCUGUACGAUAGCGAGAAGUGGGGCGACUUUGCCAACAUGGACAAGAUGAAUCAGUUCAUCAAAGAGCAACAGCUAGAUCUGGAACUGAUAGACAGACAAGAGCCCAUCAACUACUCAGGGGAUCCCGAUGGACGCAUGUUUAUUUUGGUGUUCAGGAAGACGAAGAAGACUGCAUGUAAGUCCGUAACAUGGCUUCUACAACAUGCAGCAGAUCUGAAGCACGCAGGGAACAGCUUUUUCAGCAACCCAGCCAAGUGCAAGCAACCGGAGAAGGUCUUAUGCUCCAAUCCGCGUGUUCAAGUACUCUGGAAGGCUGUGGCCUGUUACGUGCAGGGGCUGGAUUGCCUGACACUGGCGAGGUCCGCCCUCUGCAGCGGUGAGCACGACAUGACUUCUGAGACGGUUGCUGAGCGCGAGGGGCAAUUGACACUGCUGUCUUCCAGGCUCUACUGCAAUUUGGCCGCUGCCUACCUGGAGUUGGGCCCGACAGCGGGGACUUACCAACAUGCCCUCAAAGUUGUCAACCUGGCUCUCGCUUGCGCACCAGAUUGGGACAGAGCCAUUGAGCGCAAGGCAAAAAUCUGCGAAGCUAUGAAGCAGCGAGGUGACUCAUAG